AUGUUCUGUCGCACUAGGCUGCUUUGGGCUAUCGUCUCUUCGACGAUCAUUAGCGCUCAUGCUAGCCGCCGCCCGUAUUAUGACACGCGCCCCGAUCUGAGCGCUUGCUCGGCGCUUCCGAUCGUCUAUUCAUGCGAAAAUACGACCGCGUUUACGGACUCCUGCUGUAACAUUGCAGGAGGAGGGCUUGUUCUCCAAACUCAGUUCUGGGACACCUACACUGGUUACGAACGCAAGGGUCAGCUCCUUCCCAAGGACUCGUGGACUGUCCAUGGUCUCUGGCCGGAUAACUGUGACGGCUCAUACGGCCAAUACUGUGACUUAUCGCGACAGUACGAUCCUCUACCUUUGACAACUCUCGCGGAUGGUACCGUUGUCAAAAAUUACACCGGACCCGGCGUUGAUACGUUCGUUCGAGAGUUCGGUCGGGGGGACCUAUUGGACUGGAUGGAUAAGUUCUGGGUCAGUCAGGGUGAAAGUAACGCGGGGUUCUGGGCGCACGAGUUCAGUAAACAUGCGACGUGCACUUCGACUUUUGACGUCAAGUGCUACGGUCCGGAUUACCAGAAACAUCAAGACGUCGUCGAUUUCUUCCUUGCUGUACGCCGUGCGUUCAAUAUGUUCCCAACGUUUGACAUGCUUGCUGCCGCGGGCAUCACACCGUCCAACAAGACGACGUAUUCGCUGUCGUCAAUUCAGAACGCGCUAGUCGCGCAGACAGGCGCACUCCCGUAUCUCGGUUGCACCCAGAACGGCACCGUUCUUGAUGAAGUUUGGUACUAUAACCAUGUUAGCGGAACGGAACAAUAUGGCCGCUUCAAGCCUGUCGAUACGACAUACGGCAGCACCUGCUCGUCUACCGCAGGAAUCUGGUACUACGAGCGCACUCCUUCCUCAGAGCGCACUGUGGCAUUCUGA